CGCCUCCUCUGCUGCUUCCCCUCUCCUCUCCUCCCAUCCUAGAGGACAGAGCGAUGCGGAGACAAUAGGACGCAGAGCCGGAGGAGUCUGCAGGAUGCUCGGCGCCACAUCCACCGUCACAAGGCUGCACGGAGGCUUUUCUCAGGAGAUCAGGCGUUUCUCCCAACUCACCUGGCCUUAGUAUGCUCUCAGACCAUCCCGUGUGUUCACCAGCAGCUUGGACUGACAGUGCGGACUCCACAGCCUCCAUAUGGGAACCAAUUGAAGGUGAUACCAGCUGUUAGCUGUCCCACCUAAGCGUCCGUUUCCCAGUUUUUUCUACUGGUCCGUCCCCUAAAGCGGUCCCUAGAAUGAGUUCUUCUCCACUGGUAUCUCGAGCCAACAUGGACAUCCUGGACGAGUUGCAGCUGAUCGCAGCCCAGAACCUGGAGAGGCUGGAGGUCAACAAGUACUACGAGGUGAUCAGGGAGCUGGGCAAGGGCACCUAUGGCAAGGUGGAUCUGGUCAUUCACAAGAUCAGAGGUACAAAAAUGGCACUGAAGUUCCUGAAGAAGAAGACAACAAAGCUGAAGUCGUUCCUGCGGGAGUACAGCAUCUCACUCUACCUGUCCCCCUGCCCUUUCAUCAUCAACAUGUUUGGCAUCGCUUUCGAGACAGAUGACUACUAUGUGUUCGCACAGGAGUACGCUCUGGCAGGGGACCUUUUCGAUAUCAUUCCUCCACAGGUUGGUCUUCCUGAGUCAGUGGCAAAGCGCUGUGUGCACCAAGUAGCCAUCGCUCUGGACUACCUGCACUGUAAGAAGCUGGUCCACAGGGACAUCAAGCCUGAAAACAUCCUCAUUUUUGACCGAGAGUGCCGCAAAGUUAAGCUGUCUGAUUUCGGCAUGACCCGCCGAGCUGGCUCACCUGUGAAAAGAGUGAGUGGCACCAUUCCCUACACCGCCCCAGAGCUCUGUGACGUGUCCCGUCACGAGGGUUUCUGCGUGGACUACAGCACUGACGUUUGGGCCUUCGGUGUGCUGCUCUUCUGCAUGCUGACUGGCAACUUCCCCUGGGAGAAGGCGCUGCCUUCCGACUCCUUCUACCAGGAGUUCAUCCGCUGGCAGAGGAGGAGGACAAACACGGUGCCUUCGCAGUGGAGGCGCUUCACUGAGCAGGCCCUCCGCAUGUUUCGGCGGCUGCUUUCCGUGGAACAGGACCGCCGCUGCUCCGUCAAAGAGGUUUUUGGGUACUUCAGCCACUCCUGGAUGCUGGACGCAGAGAACAACACCAACAAUGGCAAUGGCAACGGCAACAGCGGAGGUGGUGGAGAGAGGGUGGGUGGCGGAGGAGGAGGAGGGGUGCGGGAAGAGGUGGAUGGCACUAUCUCAUCAUCUUCAUCUGGGGAGGAAGACGAGGAGCUCCUUGUGGAGAGGAUGAAGCAGCAGACUUUAUCUCCUCUCUCCCCGCUGUCACCUCUCUCUCCCAUUUCUCCGGUGGCAGUGGAGAGGGGGAGUGGUGGCGGGGCUAAGGGCGGCAUGAUGGAACCAGGUGGUGGCCACCAUUUUGUGUCCGUCUCCACCAACAGCUCUGUGUCAUCCACCAACAGCUACGAUCGAAUGCCGCGAGAAAACAGUUCACCAGGUGGCCGCAUGGUGGUGGCCACGCCUAUUGAAAUUUGCGUCUGAGUGCGUCAGAACGUUGAUGUUUUCACAGAUCCACUGGUACACACUUUUUAUACCUCUUAUCCAAAUGUGCAUGCAUGGAAAAAGAAACAAACUGAUGAGUACUUACAUGUAUCCUGUUAUAAACAUCUUGGGAAAGGAAGAGCACAUGAAAGACUUAACAGAGAGUAUUUGUAGAAUGCGUACAUUUUGCAUGAGGUAGGGUUUUUGGAUUGAAUUGGAGUCAAAAGAUUCCAUGAGAAGCCCCAUUUACAAAAUGAUUUCAAUGGUGUGUGAAUUUGCAGUUUCGUGAAACCCAGAGGAAAAAUGAAAAAUUGCUACCAUUAAAGAUUCUGUCAGUAAAACCAUCCGAAAAGAAGCCCAAAAUGUAUUUCUUAAAGCAAUACUUUUCAAAGUUGCAGAGUACUGUGUGAUCUGUUCAGGACGUCACUGGGUGUCAUUUUUGAAUGAAGCCAAGGGACAAAGGAUUUGUAUUUUUAAGAAGACUAAAACAGAGUUCAAGGAAAUACCUUGUAAGAUAAAAACGGACAAGCAGUGGUUUUAAAUGUUUCAUGUGUGACAAAAAUGUGAAAGUGUGAGUGUGUUGUGUGUAUUACGGUGUUCCGUGUGUUUAAAUCCAAAAUAAGUGGAUUUAUUUUGCUUUAAGAAUUUUAAUAUUUAUUUUAAUCUAAACACACUAUUUUUUCUAUUGUUUUUUUGUAAAGCAGCUUUCUUUGCUUUUCGUUCAACUUCACAUUGUAUUUUGGUGUUCUGGCAUAGCUGUGCCAAAUCUUCUUCCAUUUGGUUGGCUGCUGUAUAUAUUGGUAUUCAUACCAAUAGUUGUAUAUCAUCUAUGAGGUUUGACCAACGAAACCCGUUGGUAUAUUUUAUCAACUUUUUUUUAAUGGAAUAUUUUAUCGCUAUUGUCCGUAAACCAGUAUGUUCAUGAGCGACAGACUAGACUGAGAGAAGGCUUAUGAUGUCUCUGUUCUUCAUGUCAAACAUAUCUACUUCACUGAUGAAAGAGUAUUUUCUAGCCACUCUCAAAAUAGUUUUUGUAUAGCUUCUGUGUUCUUUCUUUUUUCUCUGAAAAAAUAUGUUUGUAUUGCUUAUGUUUUCUUCAAAACAUGUAGCAACAUGUAUUGUCUAAAAAGAAAGGAGAAUUAAUCAGUUAGCAUUUUCAAUUCAAUCAGAAGAAGAAAAAAAAUCACAGAAGACGAGUCACCUUUUAUAAUCUGCAUGAAGAGUAGCUCAAACUUACCUUUACGAAGAAAUUGAACCGGCUUUACGGGAAAAAAGGUUAAAAAAGAAACGUAAAAUGUUGUGAUGUGGAAUUCCUGCCGUAGCACAGUUUCUUGCAAUAUGUCCCUGAGUGAAUAUUGCCGUCAUGAUCUCUUGAGACAUCCUAGGGCUAAAAAAAUCGCAACAAUAAUUUGUUUCUAUUCAGUGUGUUGUAUAUGUAUUACUAUCAAUGCAGUAAACUAAUCUCACCACCUUCAGGAACAGAAAAUAAGCAAAGCAUGAUGACAUAGAGCGAGAGCUUGAAUUUAAACCACAGAUAGGGAAUUAAAUUAUGUAAUUUUUGCUUCUAAAUUGCCACCUUUAGUGAAGUAGUGUGGCAUAGAUACAUUUUUUUCUAUUAAGUUAAAAUAACAGAAAAAAAUAAUCCAUUCAUUUCUUUGACUCAAUAUUACCUAAAUAAUUUGAGGGGAAAAAAAGCAUUGGAUCACGCAUAGGAAUGGACGUUUUGUGUGGUGCUUUGCAUGAACUUGUAUGUGCUAAAGCUCUGUUGUGAAAACUUGCUCAGUGUUUCUCCUGUCACAAGCUGUAGUACUCUGUAGAUGUAGUAUAGCUGCAAACAACAUGUUUCUUUAUCUUGUGAGAGUCAGUAGCCUCAGCUUGGAUCUGCCUGACUGAAGAUCAGCUAAACUCGGUUCAGCCCUUACAGAAACCGUUUUCAUCAAAGCUGUUCCCGGAUCAGCAAGUGAGUAUGCAAAUUACUACAUCUUGUGACAAUCUCUGACCUCAUUGGCAGCCUCCUGACUCAGAACAAAGGACAGUCCUGAUACAGACACUGUAGCUGCGCUGUUUUCUAUAGCUGGUUGCUCUCCAUCAGCCAGCUGCAAGCAGCACUGGCUCUGCAGCAUUUACUGUGUAAGCUUUAGCACAUCACAUUAAACUGGGGAGGCGUCUCACAUGACUCAAGAAAAGAUUACACAGGCCUGUACAUUACCUUGUCAUGUCAUUCUUUCUCUGCAGUUUCCCCCCUAAAACCAGCCUUCUACUUCUCCUUAGCCCUUCCCAGAUUUAUCUCUAUGUAUCAAAUGUCCAUCCUAACAAAUUAUUUAGUCUCAUUAUAAGUCAAGUGAGAAAUUCAGUAAAUAUGGCAGUGGUUGAGCCAAGGGCUGUCACUUUUUGAAAAAACAAAUGAAAUGUAAUUUGUUCAAAUUAUAUGGAACGCAGCCCACAUUGUAAUCAGAUAAGAAAAUAUGCUGCCGCAUUGACAUUCUGUUCAUUUGCUGUGCCUCCACAGCAUUAGUUAACACCAAGCUAACAUUUUACUUCAGAUUUGUUCUUCUUUACUAUCUACAAUUUUACCAUCUGUGGUGUCAAAUCCCAAAUGUUUCCACACAUAACUUCUCACAUUGGUUUAGUGUUAUGGUUAUCUGUUGGCCACAGUUCCUAUUUUCCUCCACUUUGCGUAAGCAAAAACAACACGUGUAGUUUACAGAUAGGGAAACAGGGCAGGCAAUAGAUCAGAGUGACAGUGUAUUUUCCACUGUUUAUUUGUCCGUUACUGCAAAACCUCACCUCCAUGAUGCAAUAUUUUUUUUCUAAGAUGGCAAAGGUAUGCCUUGCCCUAAUCUGUCUCGAUUGACUUGGUAUUGCCUUUGCCAUCCUAGGAAAUGCAAAUUUGCCUCCUGGACUUGCUUGCAAGUCAGUUUAUACAGAAGUCUAUACGGAAGUUAGUCCGUUGCCAUGUACAUAAAAAUGGCUGGCGCUCUGAUCAUUCUGCUAGUUUCAUUUGAAUGGGAGUGGCCUUUCUAGCCAUUUAAUUUACCUUGGUUAGAAUUGAUAUUUUGAUAUAGUAGUGUAACCGGUCUGCACUGGCUGUGCCAUUGUUUUCCUAUGGGGAAAGCGGUGGAGACAACUCAGAGGAAACGCUACCCUUGGUGUGGCGCACUGCCUGAAAUUGCCGCCGAGUACUGCACUCAAAGUUCAAAUUAUUUUAACCUUGACCUCGUUGCCACUGACCUUUCAACACGCAACCAAAGCCAGAUGCAAAGAUGAUGUGUCGGCGGCUUUACUUCUUUUACUAUCAGGUCCAGUAUCUGCUGCAACUGAGGACACCUGGCCUGGGAGGAUUGAGUCACUCCAAAAUAUUAAAUAAAACUAAGGGAACCGUACCUUUGCUGCGAGUCACUUUCCCUUUUCUUCCUAGUGACGCCUGAAUCAGUCGCUGCUGCCUCCUCAUCUUAUCCAUAAUGUAAUGUGUUGUAUGUAAACAGAGUUCCAAUGUCUUUCUGUACUUAUUUCAAAGCAUCAUGAUUUUGGUGGAAUUUUAGUGAGUAGAUGACCACAGCACUAGAACUCGUAUCCAGUUCUGUCUUUGCAAUACAACUGUCUUCCUGUAAACUGAAAUUUAGUCAAUAAAAUGAGAAUUCUUGGU